AUGGAUUCGAACUUACUGUCACGAGUGGAGGCGUUGCGUCAGAAAUUGGAUGGUUCUAGCAUCUCUGGAAGCCUGGUAAGGCCGCAUUUGAGUUCUAGAGUGCUGAUCAACAAAUACAAGUACAAGACAAAAGCUACAAGGGCUAAGCGGAACCCUUUUCUACCAGUAAAACUCCAAAACGCUGGCAAACUGUACGAGCGAGCCCUAGAUGGUCAAAAAUUGGCGUUUGGGUGUCAAGAAUUUGCCAAUCAUUUAAAAAGUUUGGUCAAGGCUUCUCGACACCACCUGCUACUCUGGAACUCCGAAAAAGUUAACGCAGCUGUCUUGGCGGCAGCAGGCUGGUCUCCUAUGCCUUGUAACAAGACAAGUGGUGGGCCGCAGUCGCUUAUCUUGAAGUGCUCGCAGUGUUCCGAGGUUUUCUACCUCAAAUUGGACGAGUAUUUGGAGACUGCAGAGCUUGAGAGUAGGUUCAAGGAGAUCUUGACUACGGCACAUCAUACUGGUUGUUCAUGGCGGCGCCGCCAGAGCUACGAUCUUGAAAAAAACUACCAUCUAAAUCGAGGCAACCUGUAUUUGGAGUUUGAACGGGUUUCCAACGAGUUACGCAGGUGUCAAGAUUGGGACAUGCCACAACUAGAAAAUAUUGAUCAAGAUGCAGUGAGACCGCUCGCGCGCACUUUCGAUGUGUCGAUCGAUGCUAUCGCUCUCCGUUCUUUGAGCCUCGUACUUAAAGGAUACACCUUUGUGAAUAAAGAAAUCGUUGAGUGUUCCGGGUGUUUCCAGCGUGCUUUCAUCACCACGAUCGAGAAUUCAGAGACCAAUUGUCAUGCGAAAUGGUGCAAAUAUCACGACGAGUCCAAGCUUACAAAAAUGUUGCUUAAAUCCCUUUCCAGGAUAGAUAAGAGUUCCGGACUAGGUGAGCGCUUGGAGUCUCUAGGAGUACACCUUCAUGCAGUAUGA